AUGAAGGCGACGCUGGCGGGGCGGGUUUUGCGGGUCGUUGGCAGUGGGCCAAAGCUUGGGGACUGGCAGCCGGACCACGCACAGACACUACAGUGGUCCGACGGACAUCUCUGGACUGCAGACGUAACUCUUGAACCGGGUUCGUACGAGCUCAAGUGCGUCGUCGCUGUUGGUGAUAGCAUCAUCGAGUGGGAGCGGGGCGCGAAUCGCAUCUUGCAGGUCCCCAGCGGUGUCCGAGGCAUCCGUGUGGACGGCAGCUGGUCACGCACAGCCGACAAUCGAAUCACCGUCACUGAGCCCAUCGCCGCCGCGUCAGUCGCGGCGCGACAGAAGCGCGCAGCAGCAGCAAGGCUCCUCGCCAAGGCGCUAGCGGAGCGCAGGAAGACAGCGGCGGCAGGUGCUGCAGACGAGUCGGCUCCUUCAAAGGGCCAGGCCGCCGGCGGUGCGGGCGACUCAGCAGCGGCGGAGGCGGAGGCGGCUCGCAAGGAGGACGACGCAGACUCCCUUAGGGAGCUCCGAGCGUUACUGUCACCGUCGGUGUCGUCAUCAAAGCCGCCAGCGAGCGCCGGUGUCGUCGCCACUGCAUCCCUGACACCGCCCGGCGGCGGCAACGGCGGCAGCGGGGGGAAAAGACCCAACGGUGACGGAGUGCAAGUUGGUGUCGUUGUUGUCGGAGGCGUUGCGAGCGGCAACGUCGAGAGGAGCCAGGGUAGCGGCGGCAAGGAGGUUCAGCAGCAGCAGGCCAAGGACGAGCUUGGGACCUGUACCGAACAGCAGCAGGAGCAGGAGCUAAAGGGGCAGGACUCGAACCAGCAACCUGCAGGAGGAGGAAGGGUCAGCGGUCGCGGAAGUUGGCGUCGGGAGCUGCUGUCGGCAUUGGUUGCCAACGGCGAGGAACAACCGCCUGUGCAGCGGCAAGAAGACCAGCAAGCAGGCCGCGAGUCGGCCUCCUCGGCAUCCGGGGGCCUUGCAAUAGGAGGGGGUGGCAAGAGCAGCAGCUACAGCAGCAGCAACAUCGCCUUUGGCGACGGCAACGGCCUGCCAGGUGGUUUAUCAACAGCUUCCCAGCAGCAGCAGCAGCGGGAGCGGGAGCGGGAACAACAGCCUCGACAGCAGCUUGCCGGGGGAGAGGGUGCAGCGGCGGCGACAGCUACUGGGGACAUCGCUCAGAGCAUACGGGAAGCGGCGGCAGCUCGAGGGGAGCCCCUUGGCGCCGCGCGUGAAGUACCCACUGGGAGUGCGGACGGUGCAGUAGCUCCUGUAGUGGCGGGAGAGGCGGAGAGGGCGCCAGUGACGCAACCGGCGACAUCGCAACAGGCUUCAGCACGUACAGCUACAGCGGCGGCGGAGGCGGCAGCAGCACCUGCAGCGGACGCGGCGGCGGCGGAGGCGCUACCCUCAACAGCUUCGCCCCCACCGGCGGUUCCGGUGGUUUCAGUUGUACGGAGCCUGUCCCAGAACAACAGGCCGCCGGCAGCGGCCACUGCUGCGGCUUCGGAGCCCAGCGGCGGCGAUCCAUCGGAGCGCAGUAGUGUUGGCAGCGGCGGUCCUGGCGGUAACGUCAGGUUUGCCAACCUUUUGAGCAGGCUCGGCGGCGUUGUGGGCGCUAACCUGCAAAGGGGCCCAGCGGCCAAGACAGAGUCUAAGACCUCUGGGGUGGUUACGGGUGCGGACGGCAAGGAGGAUUUGACCAGGGCUGUACCCACGCCGGUACCAAGCGCGGGAAGUAGCAGUAGCAGCGGCGGCGGCGGCAGCAAGGCUCGCAGGGCGGCGUCUUGGCGGCAGCUAUUGGACGACGGAGGAGAGGAGGAGCGGCGGGUACGUGACGGCCCGUCGGCGGCCAACGUGCAGCAGCAGCAGCAGUCAGCAGCGUCUCAGUCGCAGGAAGUGGUGAAAGGAGGGGACAAAGAGCGCAACCCGGAGCCCAAGGUGGUGCAGCGCAAGGUGGAGGAGGAGGGAAAGGAGGAGGAAGGCUUCACAGCGCGGUUCACCCAGCUGCUAACAUCCCGUCUGACCGGACAGCCGCUGAGAUAUCCCGCAGCGGCAUCAGGGACUCCGACACCGGCGGCGCAACCGCCAGCAACGCCAGCAGCCGCAGCAGCAGCAGCUACAGCGGUUGGCGGCUUUGAUCGUAUACAGGCACACGAGGAGAAGGAGGGGGAGAAGGUAAAGUCGGUUGAGGUGCAGGAGGGCCAGGAGGAGGUGCAGGAGGAGAAGGUUGGGAAGUCAGCGACGCGGCAGAGCCAGGAGAUCCCGAGCGAGGUUCAGGUGACGGAGCUCCUCGCAGCUCCCUCGACACCCCCAGGUCGCGACAACAGGCCACCCCCGCCGCCAGCAGUUGCAGCAGCAGUAGCAGCGGCAGCAGCUGGAGGAGUAGCCGCCACCACAACUUCCGCGCCAAGUGGCGCCGCGGCCUCCAACCGAUUGAUCAGUAGCAGCAGCAGCACAAGCUGCAAUAGCGGGAGAAACGUUGGAGGCGGUAGGCGUGAUAGCAGUAGCAGCAGCAGUAAGGCAGAAGCUGGGGACGCCGCUUCGUCGCCAAGCAGCAGCGAUAGGGACAUGGGGACAACAAGCAGCCGGGAGAGCCACCCGCGCAACGGCGAAGUGGAAUCCGUGAAUGAUCCGGGUUUAGAGCGGCUCAUAGGGGCCUGGGACUCAGCAUGGAGCCAAGGCCGGGUAAAGCAGCCUGCCGCAACGGCGGAGGUUCCGAGGCCCAAUGGCGGCGGCGGCGGCAGCAGUAGCGGCAGCAGCAAUGACGGCAACGGCGCCGCAGGGACUGUGAAUGGCGGCGCAACCGCUACCGGCACCAGUGUUGUUAAGCCGUAUGUGGUUGUAGCGUUUUCGGGCACCGGCAGUAGCAGUGCCUCCGCCAACGACCGCGCACAGGGGCAGCAGGAGUCGGCAGUAGCUGCAAGCGCCGCCGGCAAGCUUGCCAAUGGUGGUGUAGCAGCACCACCUGGCGGCGCCGCUGGCGGUAGCGGUGAAAGCUUGUACAGCAUAGCGGAACGGUUGACCGGCGGAAGCGGGCCGUUGGCGGCGCAGCUUUGCAGCAGCGAUGAGAGCUCGCCCGGCAUUACUGUACGGAUGGGUGCGAUGGCGGCGAUGGGGGUGGAUCGGCAGGGCAGUUUCGACAACCGCUCGUCGUACUUGUCACAGUCACUGCUGGCGGAGAGCCUCAACCUCAAUGGUGGCGGCGGCGGGGCUAGCGGCCAGGACCCGUCGUCGACGGCGCUCUUACGACAGCUUCGGGCCGCUAACGCGGCGAACGCCGGCGCCGCCGAUUGCACCGGCAGCACCGCAAAUGGCGGGGGCGCCCCGGCGGCGGCGCCUGUCCCUAACCUGCCGGCGACGCCGGCACCUCCUGGCAUCUUGUCCAGCGUGGAUGAGGACGAGGACGGUGUCGUGAUGCCGCCGCGCCUCCCGGCGACGCCGCCGCCGCCAUCGUACCUGUCGGGGGCCGCUGGCAGCGGCAGCGGUCCCGCCGCCGCCGCGCCGGUGCCGCCCUUGCCGGCGACGCCAGUGUCUUCGUCAAUCUUGUCCGGCAGUCUCAACGGCGUCGGUGCCGCGGCGGAGGACCUCCUGCGCCGAGCUUCCGAUGCCGAUGCCGUACUCAAUAUGUUGCGCGGCAACCUGCCGCUGACGCCCGUCGCCCGCGGGACCCGCGGCGGCGGCGGCGGGCCGUUGUCAAUGGCUGAGGACGGGGAAGAGGACGAGCAGAAUAGCAGCAGCACCAACAACAACAACAAAGACGCCCGUAACGGCCGCAGCCGCCGCGGCCGCCGCGGCGCAGGUACUCGGUUGAUUCCGGUCCUGCCCAUUCCGGGCGUGACGGGUGAUUCGCAGAUCGAUCCUCUGACGGCAGCUCGCGCCGUUGCUGCGGACGCUGCCCAGGCGCUGGAUAAGACACGGGCGACUCUCCAGGCGUUGCAGCAGGGCGCGGGACUGGGGCUCACGGCGGAGGGGCUCUCGGAGUCCGCAGCUCGGCUGCUACAGCAGCUGCCGAAGCUUGAUGCUCUGGGCGGCGGCCUGGCAGCCGGCGGCGGCCAGGAUGGUGGUGAGGCGAAUGGCAACGCCGGCGGCGCCGGGGUAACGGCGCCUGGCCUGCCGCCGGCGGUUUCACAGCUGGCGACUUCGUUGGUUUCGGGGCUAGGGACCGUUGGCAGCAGUUUGACUGACCAGCUGCGGAAAGCGGCGACGGUGUUGCCGUCUGGUUCAGCCGCGUCGACGGCGGAAGCGGCAAACGGCCGCGGGAGUGACGCCAGCGCGAACGGAAACGGGAGCGCCGGCGCUGCGGGGCUGACGCCGAUGGCCGCGGACGGCGGGGGUGCCGGGGGGGGCCUUCUGAGUGGUUUGCUCGGCAGCCUGGUCCCAGGCUCGACGCCGUUGCCGCCGGGUUGUGUACGACUGGUGGCCGGUGCGCACAUGAUCCCCCACGUGGAUAAGGUGGACAAGGGCGGAGAGGACGCCUACUUCAUCAGCCGCGUGGGCCUGGGCGGGGUGGGUGUAGCGGACGGAGUAAGCGGCUGGGCUGAUGAGGGAAUCGAUCCAGCGGAGUACCCAAGGACGUUGAUGCGCUUUGCGGCUGAUGCGUUCGAGGCUGCCCGCGGCACCAUGUCGGCCCCGGACAUCAUCAGAUACGCGCAGUACCGGACCUACCUGAAGGGCAGCAGUACGGUGUGUAUGGCGCUCAUGAAGCCCGGCAAGCGGCUGGAGGUGGCCAACGUGGGCGACAGCGGGGUCAGGAUACUGAGGAAUGGCAAGGUCAUUUUCGGGACGGAGGCCCAACAGCACGCCUUCAACAUGCCGUACCAGCUGUCCCACCCGAACAAUGAGGGCGAUGUGGUGAUGUUGGCGACUGACGGCCUCUUUGACAACGUGUUUGAUGAAGAAAUUGAGCAGGUCGUGAGCCAACAGCUCAGGGAGCUGGCGGCGGCGGGACGCGGCCGGGCGCCGAUGACGGCGGCGGUUACUGUCAACGGCGGCGGCGAGGCGGCGGCGGCGGCAGCAGCCGCCAGUAGCAGCGGCAGCGGCGGCACCGCGGCGGCGGCGGGUGCGGGUGCUGCCGGCGGCGGCGGCAAUUCGUACCGGCCAGAGGACGCAGCCCGGGUGGCGCGAGCGCUGGCGGAGCGGGCUCACCUGCAUGCGCGUAACCCCACACAGCGCACCCCCUGGAGUGUUACGUCAUCACAACAGCCCAACUUUAUGUGGGCCAAGUUCUUCGCCAAGGGUGGCGGGAAGAUGGACGAUUGCACUGUGUUGGUGGCGUUUGUGUGUGGGCCUGAGUAG